AUGGAACAAAAUUUCAACUUUAAUCCGUCCUUUAUAAAGCUGUUGAUGGAAGAUGACUUCACGAGAGAAAUUCGGAUUCCCUAUGCUUUUGUGAGGAACUUGAAGGAAAAGCUUUCCUCAAGAUGCACAAUCGAAUCCGAGGCAAAGAACUCAGUUCGAAAUUCAUGGCCAGUAAGAAUUCGAAAGAAAGGUCGCUACUAUUAUAUUUGCAGACUUUCGUGGCCAAAAUUUGUUAAAGAUCAUCAUUUGAAGCUUGGAGAUUACCUGUUAUUUCAUCUGAUAGAUAAAACAACAUUUAGAGUAAAGCCAUAUGGUGCUGAUUGUUGCCCAAAAAAGUUUAAUGUGUACAAUUCAUCCAGUAGCUCCAGUGAUGAUGAAUCUGAUGAUGGCUCUGAUGACAGCUUUGAUGAUAGUGAUGAAACUGAAUUUUACUCAUUAGAUGAGUAA